CUGACUCAGAUUGAGGAUUUCGAGAGACCCAAUUGGACUCUCCAUAAAUUACCAAACUUGCCACUGGGGAUUUUCGGAGAUUAAAGCCUCUCUCUCUCUUUUUCUUUAAAGACUGUUUCUUUUAGGAACACAAAAACCCCUAAAACUCUUCCUCUGCAAAUAAAGGCCUCAGCUUUAAUCUCAAACCCUAAUUCCGAUCGAUUUUCCGGCGGGAAUGGACCCUCUGGCCGGACCGGUGCCGGAGCAUAUGCGGUGCACGAGGACGGACGGCCGGCAAUGGCGGUGCAAGAGGAGAGUGAUGGAGAACAUGAAGCUCUGCGAGAUUCACUACCUGCAGGGACGGCACCGGCAGUACAGGGAGAAGGUGCCGGAGGAGCUGAAGAUUCAGAGGAAGACGCAGACGGCGCCGUGCGAGGAUCGAGACGGCGGCGGAGAAGGCGGAGGAAUUAGGGCAAAGAAAGUGGACGAUUUGGUGACGCUGCUGAAGAGGAAGAGGGCGGCGGAGGAGGCGGCGCCGGUGAAGAUAAAGAAGGCGAAGGUGAAGAAGAAGAAGAAGAAGAAGAAGAAGAGGAGAGGGGGGGAGAAGAAGUGUGAGUUGAAUUUGGAGCUGAUAAGGAUGGUGCUGAAGAGAGAGGUGGAGAAGAGGAACACGCCGCAGAAGAAGAAGAAGAAGAUGAGGGUUUUGGUGGAGGAGGAGGGGAGUGAGGGUGAGGAGGGCCUUGAUCUGACCAGAGACUUGCCUAAUGGAAGAAUGGCCAUUUCGUCUUCUUCGUCGCAGUCUUUGGGGGGCAAUGUAGGUUCCAAUUCGGGCUCUGAUGUUAGGGUUGGGGCCGAAUUAGGGCCCCCCGUGCCCACUACUACCCGGCGGUGCUUUCGGUCCAAGAACAUCGAGCCAAUGCCUGUUGGCACAGUGCAGGUUUUGCCAUAUGGUGAUGAGAAUGAGGGGAGAUUGAGGAAGGGUAAGAGGAAGAGGUGCCAUUGGUGUCAGAGAAGUGGAAGUAGUGCUUCUUCCAGCUUGAUUAAGUGUUCGAGUUGUAAGAAGCACUUGUUUUGCUUGAGCUGCAUCAAAGAAAGGUAUUUUGAUACUCAAGAAGAAGUCAAAAUGGCAUGUCCAGUUUGUCGAGGAACUUGCCCCUGUAAGGAAUGCUCUGAAAAUCAACCGAAAGAUGCUGAAAGUAAGGAUUAUGUGGGGGUUAAAAAUAAAGUUGAAAUUAUAUUACACUUUCACUACCUCGUCUGUAUGCUUCUCCCUGUGCUGAAACAAAUCAACCAAGAUCAGAAAUUUGAGCUGGAAGCAGAGGCAAAAAUGAGAGGGAAAAAGCUCUCCGAAGUUUAUAUCAAGCAGGCUGAAUUUAGCUGCAGUGAGCAAAACAGCUGCAAUAAAUGCAAAGCUCCCAUUGUGGAUCUUCACAGAAGCUGCCAAAAUUGUUCCUAUAACCUUUGUUUGAGCUGUUGUCGAGAUCAUUUUCAGGGGACUUUACGGGGAGGUAUAAAUACAUUUCUCUCAAAGUGCUCUAAUAUAAAUGAUACUUGGGUCUCUGGUAAGGGGAAAGUUCAGAAAAGGCCAAUAACUACCCAUAAGCAAAAUGUCCGGUACCUGUCGUCAUUUGCAUCAACUAACUGGAAUGCUUGUAAUGCUGUUGACGGUAUAUCUUGCCCGCCCAAGGAGUUUGGUGGUUGUGGUGACAGCUUCCUUGAUUUGAGAUGUUUUUUCCCUUUAAGUUGGAUCAAAGAGCUAGAAGUAAGUGCAGAAGAAAUAGUUUGCAGCUAUGAGUUUCCAGAAACUUCAGACAUGUCAUUGAGCUGCCCUCUAUGUUUGGACACGGACCAGAAUGUCGAUGGACUUCAACAGUUGCAAGAAGCUGCUUUGAGAGAAAAUUCAAAUGAUAACUAUCUAUUCUACCCCACACUUUCAGACGUACAUGGUGAUAAUGUUGAACAUUUUCAGAAGCACUGGAGUAAAGGUCAUCCUGUUAUAGUCCGAGAUGUCCUUCGGAGUACGUCAGAUUUGAGUUGGGAUCCAGUAUUCAUGUUCUGCACUUAUCUUGAGAGGAGCAUUGCUAGAUAUGAAAAUAACAAGAAUCCACAGGAAGCUAUCCACUGCUUGGAUUGGUGUGAGGUGGAAAUGGGGAUCAGGCAGUAUUUUAUGGGUUCAUUGAACGGGCGAACACAAAAAGACAUGUGGAGUGAGACCCUGAAAUUGAAGGGUUGGCUUUCUUCACAAUUAUUUCAAGAACAGUUUCCAGCUCAUUAUGCUGAAAUCAUCCAAGCUCUACCACUUCAAGAGUACAUGAAUCCCUCGUCUGGUCUUUUAAAUGUUGCUGCAAGGAUGCCACAGGAAAUCCCAAAACCUGAUCUAGGUCCAUGUGUUUAUAUUUCGUAUGGGUGCAGUGAGCAGUUUGUACAGGCUGAUUCAGUGAUAAAGUUGUGUUAUGACUCAUAUGAUGUGGUUAACAUUUUGGCACAUACAUCAGAUGCCCCUAUUUCUGAUGAACAAGUUUCUAAGAUAAGAAAGUUACUGAAAAGGCACAAUCAAAAUCAGAGGGAGUCUUCUAGGAAUACUUCUGAACAAACUAGAGCAAAAAAAGUGAAUGGAAAUUCAGCAUUGCAUAGUCAAAACAAGGAACAAGUGAGGUCACAUAAUGUGAUUGGAGAAGAGAUGCAUUUACGGAAAAGAAUUGCAAGAGAAUCUUGCUUCUCUGCUGCAACGCGUGAAGAAUGCACUAGGAAUCUCAAAGAGAGUAAUAUGUCACUUGAUGGGGAAUCUGAUGUUGAUUCUGAGGCCACGUUGAGUUGCUCUGGGUCUAUCAAUGGUGAUGAAACAUCUGAAGAUGAGGAGUCACCGGAUCUCCUUGAAAGCUCAAAUGGCCAUGAAAAACCCUUUGUAGAGUCAUGCACUGCACAGUGGGAUGUUUUCCGCCGGCAAGAUGUUCCGAAACUUGUAGAAUAUCUCAGAAGGCACUGUAAUGAAUUUACUCGUAAAUAUGACGUUCAUAAACAUGUUGCUCAUCCAAUUCUUGAUCAGAGUUUCUUUCUAGACUCGAUUCACAAAAUAAGACUCAAGGAGGAAUUUAAAAUUGAACCUUGGACUUUUGAGCAACACAUUGGAGAAGCUGUCAUCAUCCCUGCUGGAUGCCCGUACCAGAUUAGUAGUCCUAAGUCUUGUGUACAUGUGGUGCUCGAUUUUAUGUCUCCCGAAAAUGUUACCGAGUGCAUCCAGUUGACAGAUGAAGUUCGCCUGCUUCCGGAAGAUCAUAAAGCAAAAGUGGACAAGCUGGAGCAGGUGAAGAGAAUGGCACUCUAUAGUAUUAGUUCAGCAAUCAAAGAAAUACGUGAGCUUACUUGUGCAAUGUAGUGGUUAGAUGAUCACAGCUGUAGUUUCUGAGAACGUCAAGAAACUGCCUCUGCUCUCCAAAUGGGUGAUCUUUUGCGGAGACUGGAGAGUAGACUGUACAAAUGUACAAUGUUGAAUGGCAGGUAAUGGUUAGAUGAUCACAGCUGUAGUUUCUAAGAAGGUCAAGAAACUGUCUCUGCUCUCCAAACGGCUGGUCUUUUGUGGAGACUGGAGAGACUGUACAAAUGUACAAUGAAUUGAUUGAUUCAGUAUCUGGAAGUCUGGAACCUACCUCAGCUCUCUGUACAACGAGUCUAUAUGUACAUUGUUGAUUCAUUUAAAUUCUAUUGUACAGCCAAGUGUAUAUUAGCAUAUUGGUUGCAGUCCUCCGAUAAGUGCAGUGUUUUACCAGUCUCUUGUGCUAGGUGAUAGUUCCUUCCCAGACAUUAGAAAGAAUGAGAAUAACUACGUUUCUUUUAAGUUU